AUGAUUCCUCCGAGCGGCACGACUGAAGUCAGCGUGGAUAGUGUGGAGAAAGAGAAUGAAGUGGAGCAGCCCCCCUCUCCAGCAUCAACUACCAGCCAGGAAUCAAAGCUGCAGAAACUGAAACGAUCACUCUCCUUCAAGACCAAAAGCUUACGGAGUAAAAGUGCAGACAAUUUCUUCCAGAGGACUAAUAGCGAUGUGAAACUGCAAGUAGACUUGAUGCCUGAGGUGAGCACAAGCACUGGGCAGCUUCCCAGCUCAGAGAGCCAGGCGUCCUCCCCCACCAGAGCCCAGCAGCUGCCAGAAAACAACAAGGCUCACAUCUUCCAGGAGCACAUCUUCAAAAAACCCACCUUCUGCGAUGUCUGCAACCACAUGAUUGUCGGAACAAACGCUAAGCACGGACUGCGCUGUAAGGCUUGUAAGAUGAGCAUCCACCACAAGUGUGCAGACAGUAUUGGACAACAGCGUUGCAUGGGCAAGCUGCCAAAGGGAUUUCGACGGUACUACAGCUCACCACUACUCAUUCAUGAACAGUUUGGCUGCAUCAAAGAAGUGAUGCCUAUUGCCUGUGGAAAUAAGGUUGACCCUGUCUAUGAAACUCUCCGCUUUGGGACUUCCUUAGCCCAGAAAACCAAAAAGGGCAGUUCUGGAAGUGGGUCUGACUCUCCCAACAGAAACUCUACAGCUGACCUGGCAGAAGUUCCUGAGGAAGGCGAUAGCUCUGCAGGCACCCUUGACAUAAGCAGGAAACGCAGCAACAGCGUGUUUACAUACUCCGAAAACGGCACAGAACACUUUGGAGAAGAACCAAAAAGUAUACAUUCCCCGGGACCAUUUUAUAAAAGCACGUUACAAAUGAACACCUAUGUUGCCUUGUACAAAUUUGUACCACAAGAAAAUGAAGACUUGGAGAUGAGGCCAGGGGAUAUGAUCACUCUUCUGGAAGACUCCAAUGAAGACUGGUGGAAGGGGAAAAUUGAUGACAGAACUGGAUUUUUUCCUGCUAACUUCGUUCAAAGAGUGCAACACGACGAGAAGAUUUACAGGUGUAUCAGGACAUUCAUUGGCUGCAAGGAACAGGGACAGAUAACUCUGAAAGAGAACCAGAUUUGUGUGACUUCUGAAAAGGAACACGAUGGCUUUAUCAAAGUAUACAGCGGGAAGAAGAAAGGCUUUGUCCCCAUAGACGUCUUAGAAAACAUCUGAUUUCA